CUAUUGUUGCAAAGUAUAAAAAUAUUAGAGAUAUUGGAAUCGAAUUUAUUCAAAAAUGGGAAAAACUCGUGAAGAACAAUAAAGGUCAUGUUUUUAAGAUGCAAGAAGAAUGUCUUGAAUUUUCUCUGAGAGCUACUCUUAGUGUUAUUCUCAGCACGGAUAGACCGGAAGAUCUUGAUGUAAGCGCCUAUAAAAAGUCUUACGACAUCGUAUUAAGUGGUUUAUAUGAUAAACAAUUUGGUAUACUGAAUAUUCCACGCGAAGAAGAAUUCCAACAGUCUCUCGAGAUUUUGAAACGUUUGUCAUGCAACUUGAUUGACCAGAGAAGAAAGAAAGCUGUAGAAACAAAUGAAGAGGAAACCGGAUUGAAAGAUUUACUUGAUAUCCUAAUGUCCAAUAAUGAUCCCGAAACAAAGAAACCAAUUACCGAUAAAUUGGCAUGUUCAUUUUAUUUCCUACAUCUAACGUUGGAAAGAAUUUAUUUUGAAUAUUAA